UUGCAGUACAACUCGUUUUGUCAAAAUGUCUAGCAGAGAAGAAACAAACUUUGUGAGACUAUUGAUGUUUUCAGUUGACUUAUCAGCAGACGUUAUAAGAGCUUUUACGGAAUCAAAAAUUUUAUGUAACUAUGAAAACAGUUUUACACACUUUUUAGAUGCACACAAACAUGAUUUGUUUCAUUCAUGGAUACCAAAUACUCAUUGUUGUCAAUGUUCAUCAGUCACUAUGGGAACAGCUCUAACCAAGAAAAUGGCUGAGAUAGAUGAAGCAAUUUUCAAUAAAAUGUUUGACAAGAGCGGAUCAACAAAUUUAGGUCAUUUCAAAAAAGGUAUUCAUGGGUCUGUCACCCAACACUGUUUGUGUCGUAUAACUCCAAGGUUAGGCUUACGUUUGGAAGACGUAGAUGUAAGUCUUCUUUGUAGUAUCAUCUUCACUUGUGUUAAACUUCACAAGCAGGACCUUGACCGGAUGAGAAGCAUUCGACAGCAGAGAUGGAACGUUUUCCGUGCAGCUAUAACCAGACGCUAUUCAGAUGAGGAUUUCACAAUGGUGUGGAACAAUCUAGAAAAGGCAGUUAUUGGAAUAGUUCAGGAACAUUUUAUUCCAUCUUAUGGACGAAUUGUAGAACACCAGAUCAAACUGAUGAAAAUAGCAGACGUUGCAAAAGUAGAUAUGAAUGACCUGUUAGAAAAACUUUCUAAAGAUAAGAAAAUUGGUCAAGUGUUGACGACAAGAAUGAACGGCAUCACCAAUGCCUUGAGAGAUGAAACGAUGUUGAGACAGUCAGAAAGUCAGUAUAAUAGAGAGCAGCAUAUCGAACUAGAACUGGAUAGAUUAGAGGAUAAAGAAAACUCGCAGAGACAAUUUUUCUCUGAAAAAGUGAAUCAUAUACGUUUUGACGUAGACCACACGGCAUUGAGGUGUCCAGUUGUAAUUGAAGGAAGGAAACAUUUUCACUUCAAGCUUGAAACUCCAUCAUCAUGGGAUAACGGUAGAAUGGUUGCUAGCCUAGAAAAAGUUAUACCAACAUGGAAUGAAGAUGACAAUGACUUCCAAAUACUGUCAGCAAGGAUAGGAUCAUUGGUUAUCAAAACCACUGCAAAUCUUGAUAUGAUGAAAGACAGAGAAACAUUUCAAAAUGCUGUCAAAUCAUUCCUAAAGAAGUUGGUUGAAGUGUGUGAAAUAGAUACUAGUGUUCCGGUAACAGUUCCUGUGGAGAUAAAUAUCUCUGGAACUCCAUUUACAGACAAUGAAGGUAGUGCUGCCACAUCCGCUGGAGCUGUAGAUGAAGCAAGUGGUAGUAUAAGUGUACAGUUAAAUAGUGCAAUGCCAUCUCAGGAAUGUCUACAUUGUAAAGACAAAGAUGAUAUAAUAGAAAGACUGAAGAGAGAACUGUCAGAGAAGAAUGCAUACAUAGCUGAACUGGAAAAUAAGCUGACCAAAAAAUCCGACGAAACUGGCAAAUCGGAUAUUAUCAUGUCUUCAACCAAUCAAUAG